AUGAGAGGUUCAUUUACCGAUGUUCCUGCGGAAUUGAACUGGAAUAGGAGUCUUCAACCCAGAAACAAUAACCCUUUUGAUCCAACAGCACCUAACACAUCUACUCGGAUUGGUUCAGACCUUGCCGAACUCAACUUUUUCAAUACCGGAAACAGUACAGUUAAUUUGGAAGAUGACAACGAUUUACAACAAAAUAUUGAGGAUGAAGAGACAGCAGAUUUAAAUGAUCCGACGGAUUCCCAGGAAAAUCAGUCGAAAACUCCAGGCCGUGGUCGAGGUAGGGGUAGAGGCCGAGGACUUGCGACUCGUGGUCGUAGAAGAGGAGGAGCUGUUGCCCGAGGUGCUAAAACUAGCUACACAUUUCCGAAUAAGGAGGACGAAGAUUCUGAUUCACGAGCUUUCAUUCUCCAUAAUUUGAAAUGUCCGUUCUCAGAUAGAUAUACAGAAUUGCCGCGGGUUCCCAAGUUAGCCACAGAACAGCCAUUUGGCCUAUCUAAGAAUUCUCCUCUUGUUUACGGAGGAGAACUCGAGGUGUAUCCGCAUAUAUUCUCUAAGGUAAAUUUUGAAAACGAAAUUGCGGAGCUGGAAAGACAGGAAGAAGCGAAAGGACCUCCAAUAGAUUAUCUUAAACGGAUCAAAGACAAUCCUAAUGUUUGUAAGAAAAGCGGCUGUGUAUGCAGAAGGCUCGAGACAUAUCUGAAGAAUGGAAAGACGGAUUCAAAGGAUCUAAAAUCUGAGAACAGAGCGAGGCGACUUUUCUUCCUACUAAAGAAAAAGCUGGAUGCUGCUAGAACUAAACGGACGCUGGAAGACCUCAUGAUGAAGACAUUGAAGCCGAAUGGGACCCGAGUGCUUGUUCCUAAAAGUUUUGCAGACGGAGUUCUAAUGCUCCCUGGUAACUGUAUGGAUCCAGAAUCGCAUUAUAUGCUCAAUAGACUAGGAAUUACUCCUUCUGCACUUCUGAACAAGAUGGAAACGCAUGAAAGGUGUACGGAAGCUCUAAGAAGAGUGAAACGUGCUAAUUUCCUGCGAAGAACAUUAGGAAUGAAUAUAGCCAGAGACCCACCGCUCCGUAGUUAUCAACCGUCUACGUAUCGAUCACGUGGGAAGUAUCGCCAUGUUUUACCAAACGCAGGUGAUUUCUUUGAGGUUAAAGAUGCUGCUGCUGCCAGAUUGAUCAAGGAGAAGUAUAGAAGAAAGCUAGGAGUUAAAAAAUUGAAAACUUAUGGAUCACUAGUCAAUAUGCCGAAAAGAGAAGUGAAGAGCAGAACUAAAAGAAUUGUGCAUAGGCUCAAGAGACUCGCAGAACCUCCUCAGACAGGAGAAAAACUGAGGAAACGGAAGAAAUGCAAGGAUAGAGAAAGUAAUGAUAGGAUUAAUAAUGAAUAUCAAAAGCUUGUCGCCUCUAAACUAUCAUUGACAGGCAAAGUUGACCGUGGAAGUAGAAGAUAUAAGGCGAAACCCACAAGGAGUAGGUCAGAAGGAACCCGGUCGUGUAGUCGAGAAGUCAAACACAAAAGACGAGCUUUCAGUCAUUCCCGGAAACGUAAAUCCGAGUCGGUCAACCCUACUGAGCGAAAGCCUCGUUCCAAGCUCGCGAAUGCUGUUAAACCAUCUUCCAAACCUGAAAGUUCUCGCCGUUCCAAAAAAAGAUCCAGGUCUACCAAAAAACUGACUGCUGAAGACAAACUCAAGAGGCGUCAGAAACCCAGAUCCGCUGAAUUAGAUACUAAACGCUUGAAAAGCGGUACUAGGAGAACCCAGUCAGAGCAGCGCCUGUGUGAGAAAUCUAUUAAAACUCCAAAAACUACACAGAGAUCAAAGUCGGAAGGAUGCAAAGAUCAGAAGAAAAUUUCCUCCAAAUCGAAGAAAAGCAAGAAAAGUAGGAAAACUAAUGAAAAACUACCUACUGUUAACGUCGAGAAAAAGAACAAUUCUCUUAACGAAUGCGAAUCAGGCAAGCCAAAGAAGAUCAGGAAAGCUCGAAGCAAGAGCUCUAAGCGAACGACUAUCAACAAGGAAGCAGAUGAGCCUACGAAUGAUUCAAGGAACCCCCCGAAAACCGAGGUGCCAACAGAAAGAGAUGAGCUUAAAGCGAAGCUUGGAAAGUUCUAUGAUUUAGCUAAAUCUGUUCCGAAAAACCAUCCUCUGGCGAGCAAGAUUCUCAAAGCCACAGUUCUAGCCAAACAGCUCGAUAUUAUUCCAGCACGCGAAGCAAAAGGAAAGACGAAAAGUCGUGCCAGGAAAUCAGCUAUCAAAAUCGAGAAAAGGAAACAAUUGACUAAAAAAUUAAGAACGAUUCGACGACUUGCUCAGAGCAUAAAGAAAUUGCAGCCUGUGAUCCAUGGAAUGAAAAAUGAUCUGAAAAUGGGAAGAAUUUUCGAGCAGGUGAAAGGUGUUUCCAGAAAGAGAAAGCGAAGGCGAGCUGUAGCGUUCAGACGUAAGAGGAACCGUAAAAUAGCCAUUCAGAGGAAGCGGCAGAAAGUCUUGAAGAAGAAAAUGAGUCAGAUCGUGAAGUUAGCGAAGAGCAUCUACCGGAAUCAUCCAAAAAUCGCAAGAAGAAUCAAGUUAGAACUAUUUGUUAAAAACAUGAGACGGAGACGAGCCAUUGGAAGAAGACGAAGAAGGAAGUUAGCUUUAUGCGGGCACUUGAAAAAGCGUCGUAAUGUCGGAUUGAUUCUGAGGAAAAUGUUUCUAAUAGCGAAGAAAGCCAAGUCCGGUGGUCAACUAGCUGGAAAAGUCCGGAGGAUCAAAGCUUCAGCUAAAAAAAUGGUAGAAAAGAGGAUGAUUGUUAGAAAACACAGAAGACAAAAACGACUUUUGGCUCGCAGGAAGAGAACAAGAGCAUUGAUCAGGAAGAUGAGGCGCGUCAGAAUAUUUUUGAAGAAAGUAAAGGGGAACCGAUUACUCUCUCAGAAAUUACGAGAAAUACAGUUCUUAAGGAAAAGACAGCUUAGAAGGUCCAAACUAGCCAAGAUCAAUAAGUUGAGAAGAAGACGAUUCAGAAGAGUCAGGCUCCAUGCGAAAAAAGACCAAAAGAAGAUAGCAGCUAAGAGGAGGAUUCCGGUCAAGAAAUCGAAGAAAAAUCGGAUAGAGAAGAAGCAUGUCAUGAAAGAUCAAAAGUUGGAGAAGAAGCGUGUUCUUGACGCUAUAAAUGAUGUGAACAGUAUUGACGAUUCCAAGAACAUUCCGAAGAAGAAAGUAUCUAAAAAGAAAGCAAAAGGAAAGAAACGUAUUCCACGUCCUGAAAACACCGAGAAGAUAGUUCGAGAAGUUGUUUCACACCUUCUGGAUCAGACUGUGAUUUCCGCCGUGAAAGAUAGGAAAACCGAGCUCUGUGAUGGUUCUGAUUUGGAGGAUGAAGAUUUUGUGACUGUGUAUCAAUUUGUGAAGGCUUCAGAAGUUCUCAAUUUCGAAUUUGAAGAAAAGGAAUCAUUAGUAGAUGAAGAACUGAAGGAAGCUGUAAUGAAAAGAAGACAGUUUCUCAAGAAUAAUUAUCAGCGCUACUUGAAGGAAGUUAGUUUAGUGAAUGCUCAACGAAAGAGAAAGGUUGAUAAGAUUAUAGCACAGUUCCCAAAUCUUUCUCAACAAGAUAGAGAUUUUGCACUGAUCACCUGGCAAUACCGGGAAGACCUCAAGUUCCUGGAAAAAGUUCAAGAGCGGGAAUUUAAGAAGUUCGAGAAAGUAUUGCAACGUGAAGAUGAAUUGUUGAGGUCUCACCUUCAAAGCCAAAAAGACGGUUUCACAAAGCUGCUUUUAAACCGAGCUAGAGAUAAUCGAAUAGAAAGAAGGAAUGAACAGAAGGAGGCUAAUGUACCUCAAACGGUUGAUGAUGACUGGGAAAAAGUCAAAGCACGACGGAACGAAAGAGCUGCCACAAGGACUGAAAAAGUUAAAAAACCUCGACGUGUCACCAUCUCGGAUAACAAAGAUACUGUGCCAGAAUCGCGGAAGAUGAAGAGUAGAAAACGAACUAAAGUAACAUCUGGUUCUGCCGAGAAACCUUUGAAAAAGGAAGAAGCAGAUGACAUUGCUGUACAAUCAACUCUUGAAAACAACGAUCAAAGUUCUGUCCAGUCUGCGAUUGCGAUCAAGCUUGAAGAAGAUGAAGAUAAGAUAUCCGAUGGAACAGAAGCGGCGAUUGAUGGCGUGAAGAAGGGUACGAGUAUAGUUGAUCUGAUUCUUCCCGAUGAUGUCCAAGAGGAAAAAAUGGAUCAGGAUGAAAAGGAAGUAGUCAAGGAAGAUCAGUGUGCCCAAAUCGGAAGUGAUGGAAAUGUACUUGAGAGCGCAAUGCAAGAAAAUCAAAACACCAAAGAUAUUGACGGUGAAGACAGCGACGGUAGUACCGUGAGAAGUUUGACUGAAGACACUCACGAGCGUAACCUCCGUUUCUUACUCAAAGGCUUACGACAUACAGAAACCAAGAAGAAGGUAAUGCUUGUUAAUCCUAGAAGAAGAAAGGCAAGUCUCUUAAUUCUGGCUCGCAUGACAUUAGAUGACGCUGAGUUCUCCAGCAACGGAUUCUUUUUGUGUUCUGAAGAGUACAAUCAUGAUCAUGAAUUGGCGCAGCUACUCAGGAAAAAGUAUCAACUUGCCAACAAUAUUACAUUCCUGCAGAAACAAAUAGCUGCCAUUAGGUCAGCGAUCAAGUUUGAGACUGGAAUUAACGCACGCCGAACAAAGACAGAGUUGUAUAUGAAGUUGUUCGAGAAAGUCAUCAGUGCAUUAAAAUCUGAUGAAGAGUCAAGAGACGAGAACAAAGAGCCUACUGAAGAAGAUCUCCGGAUUGCCAAUGAGAAGAACACAAUAGGAUACUAUAGAUCUCAACCUUUCACAUAUCCAGAUAUUUUGACUACCGAUGAUUAUUUCGUACAGGCUGUGAUGAGUAAGGAAGUACGCGAACUGUGUCUAGCUGGUGUUACUAAUCCUUCACUGCAAGACAACAAAAAAUACCUGAGAGAAGUUUGGAGAAGGAUUCAAGUUGUAGUGAAUAAAAAGCGAGCAGAGGAUGAGAAAGUUAAGAGGGACUUACCAGGCAUAACUUCAAUGGAAAGAAUGGGCUCAAAAGUUGGUCUUAGUUUCUCCGAUGAGUUGAUUAUUGAUGACUAUUCCUUGGUUCUCUUCACUACAGCUCAAGAUUGCGACCGAUUUACUAAAGCUCAGAAGGAUUUGUUGGAAUGUACUCCUGAGGAAGAUAUGGACGAAAUGGAGGAAAACUUGGAUUAUCGCUUAUCUGUAAUAUUGGAACGUAUUCGGAGACUUGUCUGGAAAUCGUAUCACCAUCUGAGAAGGAUAGUUCAAAAGUGUAAGACACAGAACGAGAUCAAGCGGAUUGAACGGAACAGAUUAUUAAUUAACAAACGAAUUGUUAGAACCAAAAACAAUCGCGAUCUGACGAAACUACUGAGAAGGCUAUAUCUUGAUGAAAGGAAACUGUGCUCUAUUCAAAGGGCAAUCAGAGAAAGGAAAAACACGAGAGGAUUAAGAAAGCAGAAGAGGCUGCAGAAAGUUCGUCAGGCUAUCAAACAUCUUGUUCUGAAGCGAACUUACUUUGCUUACCUGUUGAGAAUACAUACACAACUGAACGCACUCUCUACUGCUGCAUGUAUUGAAGUGGCUAAACGUGCGUAUGAAAUCAAGCAGGGCGGUAGAAACGUGAUAUUAGAACCUAAUACCACUAAUGAACUAGAGGAACGUGUAGACUUAUCAACAGGUGUCUACUAUCUGAGAUUCCCCUCAUUUUUAUCCGAGGCUUUUGAUUGCUUCCAAUUGGAUAAGCAUAGAUAUCUCAAGAGGGAAAUCGAAAGAGCACAACAGCUCGUAGAAUCUGCCGCAAAGUUCGAAAGGGACAUCGAAGCAAGUUUUAAGCGACGUGUUCUUCUUGUGAAAGGAAAGCAAGCUCAAAUUGCGAAUAAGAAGCUUGUAUUAGUUGCUGAUAAUUUGGUGAGAAAACACAUCGCCAGCUUUGGUAUAGAGACUGAAGAUAAGAAACAACCAAAGGCCGCCCGAGGCCACAAAAUGAAAAGCCCCGGGUCUAUGGCGGAGGGUUGUAUCAAACGACCUGCAAGCCAAGCCCCAUCACCAGCUCCGCUCAAGGCAGCUCGGUUCGACGAAUCAUAUCGAAAUGGCAUCAUCGGUAUUGCAAAGUCCGAAAACCCCUCUGUGUCUUCUUCUAAUCCUGUCUCAGUGGCUGUUUCGACUGAUAUUAAGCCUUCUCAAGCUGUGAAUGAAAAUAAUCAUCCAGCUGAUCCUAGCAAUACUCCUAUUUCCUCUAAUGCUCCAUCAGUUUCAUUAUUUGUGAAUACAUCUUCUGGUGCUGCUACAUCUAAUAGUACUGUUCUUCAAUCUGGGAACGGAUUACUCACAGCCCAAAUGAAUCAAUUGAUUCCCAAUUUGGAUCCUAUGAGGUUACUCCAAAAUCCAGCAUUAGCUGCAAGCUUGCAAAAUGUUCUUCCUGCUCACCUCUUGGCGGGCGCGGGUGGAGCAGCAAACCUUCAGCCAUUCCUUCAAUUAAUGCAGCAGCAACAACAGCACAACAAUCCUCAAGCUGCCAUCCUCCAACAAGCGGCCGCUGCAGCAGCAGCAGCCGCCGGUUUAAAUGUUUCUUCCGGUGUUGCAACUGGGGCUCCAAGUGCGGCAGCUAAUCAGAUUCAGUUCCCUCCAAAUGUUCCUCAAUUGGCGGGAGCGUCUCUGUUAGGACGUGUGAUGACAACUCCAUUAGCUAAGAAGCCAAGCCGAUGGUCAGCGAUGCAUGUGAAGCUCUGUCAAGAUGUCCAAAAUAGUCGGAACAAGCAACUAGAAAAUAAGUCUUCCAAUGAGCAAAAUAGGCCGCAACAACAACAGGAUAUUCCCAAGACUCAAGCCGAUGCUGCUCAACUUUUAGCUGCUCAAGCCCAAGCUAUAAUGCAAAGGCAACCACAACCCCCUCAAGCUCUUCCUACAGCCAAUCCAGGAACUCCUCAACCAGGAUUGGCACUUCAACAACAGGCUUUGUUAGGUUUCUCUAACCCUCAGAUGUUCUCCGUCUUACAGGAUCUGCAACGAAGAAAUGCCGCAAAUGUUGCUGCUUCGAAGCCCCCUACUACGCUUCCUUUGACACCACAAAGGCCACCAUCAGUAAUGACGCGACCGGGAAUGCCCAAUAUGGCUUCACUUACCUCAGGAUUACCAAUACCUCAACAACAUAAUAGCUCAUUAAACCUACAAAACAGUGCGGAAACGGCUUUCCUUCAAGCAUAUCUGCAGCAGCAGCAGCAGCAACAGUUAGCUUUACAACAGGUCAGGGAUCAACAACAGCAACAGCAAGCUCAACAACAGCAGCAACAACAUCAGCAACAGCAGCAGCAACAACAGCAGCAGCAACAAAAUGGUCAAGCUGUACUUCAACAACAUCAAGCUAGCCAACAAAGUUCUCAGCAGAACCAGUUACAGGGUUUAUCGGCAGCACAACAAAGCCUGCUUCUUCAACCUCAUAACCUCCCGUUGAGGUUCGAUCCCUCGCAGCUCCUACAGUUGCAAAUGUUAACCCAUGCUCAACAACAGCAAGCUCAACAACAACAACAACAGCAACAACAGCAACAGCAGCAGCAAGCUCAGCAUAUGCAACAAAGCUCAUCCCAAGCCGCUGGUCAAUCCGGACUCACUUCCGGAAAUCCAAUAGACCUCCUCCGAGCUCAUAUGGAGCAGCAACAUCACCAGCAACAGCAGCAGCAGCAGCAACAACAACAGCAGCAGCAACAACAACAUCAACAACUUUUGUUAGCAACUCAACAAUCUGCUAAUGCUGUGGCCUCUGGUCAAUCUACUGGAGAUUCUGCGCGUGAUGCUCUGUUCCGUCAACUCUUGAGCCAGCAGCAACAAGUUCAACAGCAGCAACAGAACCAGAGUGGUCAAACAGCUCAACAACAACAGCUGUCCCAGCUGCUCGCUGCUCAAAGACUCGGUUUCCCAGGUUUACCUGGAAUGCCUCAAAACCCUGGAAUGCCUUCUCAAUCCAAUUUAGGCCAAGUUGGACCUAUGUUCCAACCCAACCUAAUGGGUUUACAGAAUUUAAUGCCAGGGCUUUAUAACAAGGGUCCUUUUCCUGCAGGAAUCCAGCAAAUGGCUCAAAUGAAACGUGAGGGUCAAGAUUCGAUACCUAACGGUCGAUAG